CAGACAUUUGCAUUGUGGACGUGUAAACGUGUUGGCGGCUACCUAUCAAUGUGCAGGACACAAUGGCAGAUGUCAGCAAUGGUCCUACAGAACCCCUAGACGAUGCCACGUUUGAGAGGGACUUGAAGGAGAUAUUGGAGGAUGCACCCAAUCUCAACGAUCUCAGCUCCAAUGUUCAAAGCGGCAGUCCUCAGAAGAUGAACAACUCUGACUUUGGAGGCUUCAACUAUGGCAGUCCAGAUGACCCAGAAUCAUCUGGAGGCCGACUAACCCACUCCUAUACUGUCCCUCCAGCAACGAGUAACGUGCCCCUUUCCAACAACCAUCAGAAUGGUGAUUUUGUGCCAAAAGUUACCCACCCCAACUCCUCAAAGCUAGAGACUAUAAAAGCAUGGAGUAUCAACACAUACAAGUGCACCAGGCAGUACAUCGCAGAGCGGUUCGGUAAAGGCUCGAAAACUGUGGACUUGGAGCUUGAAGCACAAAUCGAGGUGCUGAGAGACACACAACGAAAGUAUGCUAAUAUUCUGAGAUUGGCACGGGCUCUUACUAGUCACUUCUACCACGUGGUUCAGACUCAACGUCAACUGAGUGAAGCUUUUAUGGACCUGUCCCAGAAAGCGCCUGAUCUGCAGGAAGAUUUCACAUAUAAUUCUGAAACUCAGAGGGUACUUGUAAAGAACGGAGAGACUUUAUUAGGAGCUCUGAACUUCUUCACCUCUUCUGUGAACACACUGGUCCAUAAGACGAUGGAGGAUACUGUGGUGACAAUCAGGAACUAUGAAACUGCCAGAUUGGAGUAUGAUGCGUACAGAAAUGACGUAGACUCCUUACAGCUGGGACCACAGGAUUCCUUCACAGCCUCCAAACUCGAUGAUGCCAGGAGCAGGUUUGAGGAGCACAAAACUAAAUUUGAUCGCCUCAGAUCGGACGUUGCCGUAAAGCUCAAAUUUCUGGAUGAAAACAAGGUUAAGGUGAUGCACAAACAGCUUCUGUUGUUCCACAAUGCAGUGUCUGCCUACUUCACUGGCAAUGAGUCUGCCCUGGACUCCACACUCAAGCAGUUUAAUAUCAAAUUGAAAGCCCCUAAUGCUGAGAAGCCCUCCUGGUUGGAACAGUAGAGCCUGUCCAGAUCCAGUUCCUGGUGCACAGUGUGUAGUCCUCCUCAGUCCCUGCUCAGUCAGGCCUCUGGCGAGUCUAGUCCACACCCGAAGUGGUUCCUAAUGUGCCCUUAGUGGCACAGGUACAAAUAUAACCAAGGAUUCAUGUUGUCCUGCCCAUACCUGACACACUACUUCAGCAUUGUGAAAGGAGCAUGAGCCAUAGAAUUGAAGAGAUCUGUUAAUGUAAUAUGCUUCUGGCCUGAACAGAUAUAUAUGUACACAAGCAUGACCACAAACCCUCUUCAGAUGUAUUUAUUGUUCUAAGAGACUUCAGCUUCCUUCAAAAGCUGUAAAAUUUAUAUACUGGUGGUCUACUGCAGUCAGUUAAAUGUAAACCUUGUAGCUUGAUGUAUAGUGGUGCACUUGACUGAAAUCCUUCUUUGCUGGUGCAUUGUAUGUAUGACCAGUGUGUAACUUAUGAGGGCAUAUAGGGAUGAGACCUGUUAUAGAUGGAAAUAGGUUGCUGAAAAUCUGUCAGGAUGGUUAUAUCAGCUAAAAGUAUGCUUUCUGCAGAGAUUGAGAUCUGGAGCUACUUUCCUCGCCUCAUACCUUAUUGUCACAGAUAUAACUAUAAUUCCUUGAGUGUGUUAUUUAAUACACAUGGAGAUACGUACAUGUAUGUGUAUAUACGUCACCGACAUUGUCCAUGGAUUCUAUUAAAGAUAUAUAUGUACAUGUGUAUACAUUAUAAUAUAUCGCACCAAUACUUUGAUCGAUCUUUAUCUCAUUCUAUGAAAAUAAUACAAUGCGGCAAUUUUAUGUUCAGCGAUGAUUCUAUUUUAUUUCAAGAAACCAAUUUUUUCUCUUAAAAAUAUUCUUGUUUUACAUGUGUAUUAUUGUAAAAGGGAAAUGCAAUCUUAGUACAUUUAUUGUUAUGUUACAAUAUUAUUUUAAAGUGUUCAAGUUUUUCUUAAGUUUUAAUGCAUGUUUAUUUUUCUGCAUUUGUGACACCCACUGUGAUCUGUCUUCAUUAGCCAUAGUAUUCACAAUACAAUAACAAUGUAACUUCAGUAUACAUGUAGAUAUAUGCUAUGAAGUUAGCGGUAUGUAUAUUCUUGAGUUUGGAGUAAAACACCAGUCAAAUAAGUCAGCUGUAUGAAUAUCCUAAGUCUUUUAAUUUUUGGGACAGAUAUUAAUCGCACUGAAAGCAGAAUAUUAUAUUUCUUUCCCAGCUUUUUUGGAAAAGUAAAGAUAUGAGUAUGUUGUUCAUUAGAUGGACGAUGUGAGAAAAGAAGAAACUAAAUAUUCCUGCUACAAUUAUAUGUAUGCUGGCUAAAAAGAGUGCCCCCAAAAUUAGAAGAAAUAGGGUAAAAUGAACACAAUGUCGGUUUACUGGUUUGCGUUGACAGGGUAUUUUAUACCCCAGUGUGAAGACAAGUUCAGCCUGCAGAUGGUCGUGGGUUUCCCCCGGGCUCUAACUGGUUUCCUCCUGCCUUAAUGCUGGCCGCAGUCAUAUAAGUGAAAUAUUCUUGAGUACGGCAUAAAACAUCAAUCAAAUAAAUAAAUAAAUAAAGACAAGUUUUGUCUACUUGUUCCUGGAAAUCUGAUUGCUUUGUAUUAGUUAUCAUUUACUGCUUUAAGUAGUAUCAAAAUGGUUUAAAAUGUUUUUCUGAUUUCACACUCCCAGAAAUCAAGAAAUUUCUGACCCACCUAUUGUCUUUUAGAUCUUUAUGAACAUAAGAAGAUGUGCCACUUUUCCCUAAGUGUUCUUUAAUAAGAAGAACACCAGGGUCAUGAACCAAGCUUGGGGAUACAUCGGAAGCUUAGCGUUCUUUGAAUUUCAUCAUAUUUAUGUGUGAUUUUCGUUUCAGUGCAGAGAAUGGCAUUGUCCUACUGGAAAGGGAUGACUUGCAAUCUAAAAGUACAAUUCUAAAAAUUCAAAAAAAUGACUUGGAAUCUAAAAGUACAAUUCUAAAAGUUCAGAUAAUAUUACAGGGUCUUUAUCUCUGAAUCAGAUGCUCAUUCUUAGAAAGCGGGUUGUGGAUACAUGCAAGGGUUUUACUUAAGGUGCACACCUGUGGAAACUGCAUGGCGUUACAUUGUUUCGUCUAUUCAAGAACCUGUCAUUUUGAGCCAUCUACAGUAUGAUGUUAAACAUUGUUUUGCUUCAUGAUGUUUCCCGCUUUUGUACCACGUUUUGUAAAUUCUGUGUAGUCAGUAAAGGUAUUUUAAAAGUAAACAGUUAUUGUAUGCAACAAUAGGAUGAAAAUUUGUGUAUAAUGUAAAAUGCGUAUGUAACUUUUAAAGCAAGGCUUUGCUUACUCUGAAAUCCACCCACAAACCUUAUUGUACAUGUGCAUUUCUUGUGCAUUCCACACUAAAAUCUUGUGCGUCCUAUCUUACUAUCCCUUGUGAUCACCACACAGUAUAUCAUUGAAUCGUUUGUUUGUGUGUAUUUUUUUCCCGUUAUAUAUGUAUUUUGUUUUUUUAAAAGUAGUUGUGACCCACAAUUAGAGAUACAGAUUCUGUCUGGAUCACGCAUGCAUGAUUCGUUUUACGCAGAUCCGUCCUUUGGAUAUGUGUAUGGAAAGAUACAUGUACUGUUAUGAAGACUCUUUCAGUCCGACUGGUAUUGGGUUUUUAUCAGUUAUGUUGUGGAUGUUUUUUGGCUCCCCUCAAGGUUUCCCCGUCAAACGGGCACCAUAUACCCAAGCUUGACUUUUGCUAUUAUGUAAAUACUUGUAUUUGGAAUUUCAACACCAGGCCUACUAAAUGUCUAGCUUUUGUGUGUCUCCUGGAUAUGAAUAACCAUUACCUUGUCUUUUGAUGUUUAGUAUAGUCCUUAAGAAUUUAAACAAUGCAUAAUUGUAGCUUACAAGAGAUCAGGUUAAUCACAGCCUCUUCAUAUUGUUGUAUCUAUUAUGUAUUAUCUAUUCUGUUUCUAAUCUUUGCUUAGCAAAGUGAUCAAAUGUUGAAAGAUUUUCUUACUGUUUUAUGAAGUGUAAUAUUAAUGGAGGAUAAAUAAUGGUGCAUUAGAGAUACAUUUAACUUGGUUUCAGUAACGAUUUAUAUGUGGAAAUCAAAGGUUAGUAAGAUAGAACUGUUUCCUGGGGCACAGGCAUAUUUGCUCUCAUUUCUAUUGAAAUUAUUCAUGUUGUACACUUCACUUAGGGAUUUGUCUUGCAACACAGAUGUAUAGUUGCUUAAACAAAAAAAAUAUCUUGACCGAUGCCAGCAGCAGUGGCUGCUUUGCCAUGGAAGUUGGCUAUGGUUAAAUAUGUUAUAAGCACUUUGUAAUUUGGUGAAAUGGACCCUGUUAGUAGAGAGUAUGGGUCUGUUCACACUCACAAUAUUGGUUCAUGCAACAUGGUACUAGUAUGAAACUCUCAAAUGUAGAAGGAAAAUAGUAUAGAUUGGUGUGCCCAGUUGGCAAGGCUGUGAUUUAGCAAGGCAGGGUGACAAAGGUUAAAGCCCAAGCCAAAAAUUGGUGGUAUCUAAACAUUGGGUAAAAUACUUGUAUAGAUUUGCCCGACGGUUGUUAACUUUCUGACCUGCUGAUGUAGGAGUUGUCAGAAAGCUUUCUAUGUCAGCUAUAGUCAAAAAAAAAAAAUUAAAAAUCAAUAAGAUAUGAUUCCUUACAUUAGGAGGGAAUGUAGAUCAUUGUUUGGCGUGAACAUGAAGAUAGUUAGCCGUAAUGUGCGAGGAGCAAAGUAAACGAAAGGGAAUGUUGAUAAAGUCCAUUUAUUACUUUACUUUUUAAUCAGAAAUUCACCAUGUAAUUUAUAGGAACACUUUUGAUCUAGCAAUUCGCAAAAACAUUUUUUAAGUUAAACCAUUUCCUCUCCACAUGAUGUAAAUGUAGUGACUUGUAGAGCUGGGCAAUAUAAAAUAAUUGUACACCUGCCAUACCAUUCUGUGAUUUUUAUGCAGCUUUCAUCAAUGUCUUCUUGUGCCAGUGCAUUUUAUGAUGUACCGAAAUUAAUUAAUGAAAUAAUAAAAUGGGGUUUUGGAACUCACAAUCCUGAAGUCAUUCGUUUUUAAACAUUUCAUCAAGUCUCAACUUUCAGUUGCAUGCUCAAUAUUUAUACCGCAAUAGUAUUCUCCUAACUCCUCCAGGCUGUACCUGGCCCACUGUAAUGCCACCUGCCAUCGAACAAAUGAAAUACUCUUGAGUAUGAUGUAAAGCACCAAUCGGAUAAAAAUAUAUAUUCCUGACUUGAAGGUGAACGUCAGUUUCCUGUACUUGUCAAUCC